AUGGGAGCUUGUUGUAGCUCAAACCCCUUAGGUAUCGCUACUAUACCAAAAGAGCUUCUAUCGAAUCUCAUAAACAAAACAAAACUCACUAUAAUGCAUGGAGAUAUUACAUUAGAAGUAGUUGAUGUUAUAGUAAACUCCACAAAUGUUAAUUUAAUUCACAAAGGUGGUGUGGCUGAAGCUAUAUCUACGCAUGGAGGAGCUACUAUACAAGAAGAAAGCAAUAAAUAUAUUAAAAAUAACGGACCACUAACAGUAUCAAGUGUAAUCGUAGCUCCCCCUGGAAAAUUACAAUGUAAGCGUUUAUUUCAUGCAGUCGGCCCAAUUUAUAUAGAUGGCAACAAGCAUGAGGCUGAUCUUCUAUCAAAAACUAUAGAAAACGCAUUAGAAGAAGCCCAGAAACUGUCUAUGAAAUCGAUUUCAUUCCCAGCCAUCUCUAGUGGGAUUUUUUCAUUUCCUAAAGUCGAAUGUGCAGGAAUUUUCUUUUCCACUAUCCAUUCCUUUCUAGAGAAAAAUCCGAAUACUUGUAUAGAAGAAAUCAGACUGAUAAAUAAUGAUUUUCCGACAGCAAAAGUGUUUGAACAAGAGUAUAAGAAGAGAAAAUAA